GGAUUUGCCGGUCAGUGUUGGAACUCAAACAUGAGAAAAUCCGCAGAUGCUGGAAAUCCAAAGCAACACACACAAAAUGAUGGAGGAACUCAGCAGCUCAGGCAGCAUCUACAGAAAACAGUCAACAUGUCGGGCCGAGACCCUUCAUCAGAAUGUACGGUAUGAAAAGAAAACUGUUGAACUCAACCUAGGACUGUCUUAGGGAAUUCAGCUGUGGAUUUUUCCUCAGGGUUUACUCCUGAAGCAUGCCUCAUGAGUGGGUAUAGACACAUAGCAGCAGAGGAUUGAGAUCAGAGUGCAGAAGAAUGACUACCAGUGAAAUAUUGUAACCAAGAUGUACGUACGUUCUGCUGGCCUGCAAGUGAAAGGAUUUCGUUAGCAAUGUGAGCAUUCUCAAGAAAUAUAAUUGGGGCAGAUUCCCAAAUGUCAUAACAAGGACAGCAGCAGAUAAAGAAGCAGCAUUGGAGAGUGCAAGAAGAAACAAAGGUUAAGUGGAAAGUGACGCUGAGGUUGUUUCCGUUUUACGAAGGAACUCUCUUAGUGACAAAUAUGAAGAUCUCCAUAAAUUAUUCCUCCUUUCUGGUGGCCUCCUUUCUUCUGAUGACUCCUCUGGCUGCAGCAGUCAGCUUCCCUGAAGAUGACAAACCCAUUAACACGAUUGAGUUCCACUUUUCAAGGCAAUAUCCAGUGUUCAGAGGACGACUUUCAGGGAAUGAAUCUUUACAUCGAUUGGACUACCAGCUAAUGUUGAAGAUCAAGGAUGUGCUUUAUAUUGCUGGCAGGGACCAAGUCUAUGCUAUUAACUUAAGUGAUCCUCCAAGAGGAGAAAUAAUUUCUAGCAAAAAAUUAACCUGGAAGUCACGACAGCAAGACAGAAGUAACUGUGCCAUGAAAGGCAAGCACAAAGAAGAAUGCCACAACUUUAUCAAAGUGUUUGUACCCAAAACUGAUGAUACUGUUUUUGUCUGUGGCACAAAUGCUUUUAACCCUGUGUGCAGAUAUUAUCAGUUGGAUACGUUGGAUUACAAUGGUGAAGAAGUCAGUGGUUUGGCACGGUGCCCAUUUGAUGCCAAGCAGACCAAUGUUGCCCUCUUUGCUGAGAAUAAGUUGUACUCGGCAACUGUGGCAGAUUUCCUAGCUAGCGAUGCGGUCAUCUACCGCAGUAUGGGAGAUGGUUCAGCUCUAAGGACUAUAAAGUAUGAUUCUAAAUGGAUCAAAGAACCGCACUUCCUACAUGCUGUUGAAUAUGGAAAUUUUGUCUAUUUCUUCUUCAGAGAAAUAGCUGUUGAACACAACAAUCUUGGAAAGGCUGUUUAUUCACGUGUGGCAAGAAUUUGUAAGAAUGACAUGGGAGGAUCCCAGAGGGUGUUGGAAAAGCACUGGACAUCCUUUCUAAAAGCUCGAUUAAACUGUUCAGUUCCUGGGGAUUCGUUUUUCUACUUUGAUGUAUUGCAGUCUGUCACAGAUAUUAUACAAAUCAAUGGGUACCCGACUAUUAUUGGAGUAUUUACAACUCAGCUCAAUAGUAUCCCUGGGUCGGCAGUGUGUGCCUUCAAUAUGGAAGACAUUGAAAAAUCGUUCAAAGGAAGGUUUAAGGAGCAGAAGACAACAGAUUCUGUUUGGACUGCUGUUCCAGAAGAUAGAGUACCAAAGCCAAGGCCUGGUUGCUGUGCAGGAUAUGCACCAGCAGAAUCUUACAAAACUUCCAUUGAUUUCCCUGAUGAAACACUCUCCUUCAUCAAAUCUCACCCUUUGAUGGACUCUGCCGUCCCUAGUGUAAUAGAGGAGCCCUGGUUCACCAAGACAAGGGUCAGGUACCGCCUGACAGCAAUUGCUAUUGACAACACUGCUGGUCCCCAUCAGAACUACACGGUUAUCUUUAUUGGCUCUGAAGCAGGCAUUCUACUUAAAGUAUUAACAAAAACCUCUCCCAGCUCUCUCAACGACAGCAUACUACUGGAAGAAAUGGACGUUUUUAACCCAUUAAAGUGUAGUACCACAAAUGAAGAUGACAGAAAGGUACUGGGGCUGCAGAUCGAUAAAGAUCACCAUGCCUUAUUCGUGGCCUUUUCCAGCUGUGUGAUUCGUGUACCACUCAGUCACUGCGAAAAUCAUGGCACUUGCAAAAAAUCUUGUAUAGGUUCAAGAGAUCCAUACUGUGCCUGGAUAGAUAAUAAAUCAUGUGGGACUGUGAAACCAGAUAUAAACACUGCGUUUGAACAAGAUGUGGAAUUUGGCAAUACAGCACACCUUGGAGAAUGUCAUGAAAUCUUGGUCGCUACACCAGAUUACAAAACCUUUGGUGAUCCAGCAUCUGGAACGGAUGUUCCAGCAGCCUCUGCUUCCACUGCUGCAAGUGACCCGAUAGUAUCUCCAAAUGUGAUUGGUUCACGAAAAGUUGCAGUGCCAGAUGAUGUGGACACUUUUGAUUAUUUUGAAACAUUAUCUGCUGUCCCCAAUGGAGUCCGAUGGGAGGUGCAGUCUGGAGAUGCAAACCAAAUGGUCCACAUGAACGUCCUGAUCACCUGUGUUUUGGCUGCUUUUGUUCUGGGAGCCUUCAUUUCUGGUGUCGCCGUGUACUGCCACCGCGAUACGUACUUGCGCAAGGCCCGCAAAAUGAACAAGGAUGCAGAGUCAGCGCAGUCCUGCACCGACUCGAGUGGAAGUUUCACAAAAUUUAACGGACUGUUUGAUAGUCCAGUUAAGGAAUACCCACAAAGCAUCAACACGCCCAAGCUCUACACAAACCUGCUAACCAACGGCAAAGAGCUGCCACCCAGCAGCGAUGCAAAAACCAUGAUUGUGGACAGCCACGGGCAGCCUCCUGAAUUGGCAGCCUUGCCGACGCCUGAGUCUACACCAGUACUUCAUCAGAAAAGCAUUCAACCCAUCAAGAACCAGUGGGAGAAAGCCCAGAACAACAUCAACGCAGCGAGAAAGGAAUCGCCUUUAAAAAGCCCUCAAAUUAUUCCGUCGAGUCCUCCUCCUCCUCAUUCCCCCAUAAACCAUAAUAGCCAGAUACCCAGUGCUGUGGUCCUUCCCAAUGCCACCCAUGCCUACAACAUGUCUUUCUCAAAUUCUAAUGCCCACAAAGCUGAAAGGAAGGUGCAAAAUAUUGAAAUGUCAGUAACUGGCCAUUCUGGUAAAAAGGAACAGCAAAGAGCUGUUGAGGCAAGAAACACAUUAAAUGACCUCCUGAAACAUCUCAAUGAAAGUGGAACCAGCUCUAAAGCCAUCUUGGGGGACAUCCCUAUGACUCGUCAAAAUAUAAUGCUAGAAACAAUGACCAAAAUAGUGGAAGUGCCCCCCAAGGUUCCAAACAGAGAGGCAUCACUCUACUCUCCUUCUUCUACUCUCCCAAGGCACAGCCCAACGAAGCGGGUAGAUGUUCCGUCAACCUCAAACAUACAGCUGUCAAGUUUAGAGAGAGAGAGAGAACGAGGCUACCCCCGGAAUUCUUCACAGAGGCACUCAAUAUCUGUGCUCCCCAAAAAUGUUAUCAGCUCAUUGAAUGGAGCUGUGUUGUCACGGAACCCCAGUUUUAAUAGGGGAGGAUAUUUUCCCCCAGCACCGCCAAUGAGGAUGGACUCUGUACAUGGGACCCCUCUUGUUAUUCAACCACAACCUGGCUCCUUGUCCCGCCAGAGCAGUUACACGAGCAAUGGGACGCUGCCUCGAUCAGGAAUUAAGAGAACACCCUCCAUUAAACCAGAUGUACCACCAAAGCCAUCCUUUGGUCAACCCACAACUCCAGUCAAACCACUGCAGAAGUACAGUUACUAACAGGACAAGCAGCUAAAAGCAAUUUCUGUAUCUCAGCUAAUGUGAUGUGGGAGGACAUUUAAGAUAAAUGUUGCUUGAAAACUACCAGUGAUACUGCUCUGAUCAACACGCAGAACAAGUGGCCAAAGUAGCUGUUUCCUCAAAUUGCAUCUUCCAGCAAAACUGGGGCAGGACUGUUCUCUUGCUGGGCAAAGAAGAUGCCAUGUAAUAGAAAAAGAUACUGUUAAGAUAUAGAGCCUUGGAGAAGAGCAACAUGAAACUUAUGAAAUUUAUCCUGUGAUUUUACGUCAAAGUACAAGGAAAUACUUGAACAAUGGUUCCAUUUUCACUGCUGUUGAGCAUUGUCUCCCCGUUAAAUGUGAACGGUAAUACUGACAGUACAUGCAUUUGUCUUGUUGCUUGUACCGAUGUUUAAUGACUUUACAUAAAACUUCUGAUUUCAGCAGAUGUGCUUUUGGUUUGACAACUUGCCACUCUAGCCCAACUGUAGCAAGGACAAAUGUUUUGUGACCUUCCCCCGUGAAGGUCACAGACAAGUGCUGUGUGAGUUACACAGACGAGGAUGCACUUAAUGGUUCUUGUGGCAGCUGUUAAGCUGCGUUUGCCUGAUAUACUGAGCACGACAGAAAUGACCUGAACCUGUCCUCCUGCAAUUUUACCUGGACCAUAACACUGUGUUGAGUGCAGCUACCUGUCUACAACCUUUGCAUAGUGUCCAUGUAGCUCAAUCCAAUGUGAUGUCCAUUCCAUUCUACACUUGCACCGUAUACUGUAAAUUCAUACAGCCAGUUCAUCUUAACAAUCUGUAGACAAGGAGCUGCCCUGCCACAGAGAUGGGCAGUACACAAGAUAAAGGAUAGUGCAAUCACUUUGUUAAGGAGUAUUAAAUGUGAUUGGUAGGGCAUCCAGAGGAGUCAUGCAGGUAAUGACAAUAUUCUGUAAAUAGUGUAUCUGUGUUCAUCUGGAUUCUGUGCAUUUUGUGCCUUAUUCAAUAAGCAUUACAUUGAUAUUGAAUUCUUGUCAAGUGUUCUCAAACAGAGAAGCUGCUUUCCAGUGUGCCAGUUGUAUUUUAUUUUUAAAUGGUUUUGUAAAAAAAAUGAAAUCAUGGCCUGAAAUGUAAAGGCUACUUGCAGCCAUUUGGUAAGUGGGAGAGAGAAAAGAAUGAUCAAUAUAUAUGGUUACAUCCCAACAUUGGGAAACAUUCCACUGCAUUUCUUUUUGACGAGAGCAAAAGGUGGUUUUAAGAAAGCUUGGCAUGAGUUGAACAAAGGUUAGCUGAUGUACCACAUUUAAGAUGAUGUCGAAGCACCGACAUGCACAGAUAACCCAUUCUUCUUACUGACAUUGACCAGACGAGUCAAGCUGCAUGGCUUAAAAUACUAACUGCGUAAAGGUAACAGUAUCAUGGAUACUGUGGAAUAAUCAGUUCACCAUAACCAAAUCGACGUGAUGCUGUAAAAUCCUUUCCAGCCAAUGAACAAACUGCUGCAAUCAUUUCAAUACUAUUAAAAUUUAAAGUAGUAAUUUUGCAACCACUUCCGCUAAACAAAAAGGUAAAGAAGAGCCCAAAUCACUUAAACAAUGCUGCACUGUAUAUUGCUAUAGAGCACUUGCUCCGUUUUAUGUUGCCAUUUCUAACAUCCUGUAUUGCCUUUACAUUAAAUUGAACAACAACUCUCUCCAUUUGUGUUAAGGUAAACCCAGGUCGUAUCUCUAAAUGGUACAUUGGCAAGCUAACUCUUUUUAAAAGAAAAGGUUGUUGUUGUUGUAUUAUGUCCUAUGAAGUAACUUGUAUAGAAAACCCUUGUAAACUUGUACUGUGGAAGUGUACAUAACAUACAUUUUGUUUUUAACACCGCAUGUAAAGUCAAAAUAAAAGAAUCCAAUAGAAUA